GGGAGAAGAUUGCUGGAGAUCUGGGAAAACCAGCAAUCCUGGUUAUUUUUUCCUUGUGUCAGCCCCUAUUUAUGUGAAUGUUUAUCCAUGUUCAGAAUACGUUAUUCACUGGGUGGGUUUUUAGUGCUGUUACAGUGGUUUUGCUCCAUAGCUGACUGGCUGCAUACUGCUGAAUAAUCAGCAGAUUAAUUUUGUAUCAAAAUGAGCCUGGAGUAUUUGUUGAAAUACAGAUGUUUUAUUUUUCUCACUUAAAAAUUACUGAUGUAUUCUGUGUGGGUUUUUUUUUCUGGUAAAUUGUGCUUUUAGUAAUGUGUGUGUGAGUGUGAUUGCUAAUGAGAAAAAUGAAGCUUGCAAGAUGCAUGAAAGCCAGGGAGGAUGUGGAAAAUGAAUAUGCAUGUGGCUGGAACUGCAGGGUUGAAUUAGGCUUGGAUUCUGUCUUGAUUCCUCCACAGCCUGCCCCGUACACACGUUAGCAAAUCAUUUCAAACCUUGUUUCUUCAUUCACAAGCCAGCAAUUUGUAUCUUGCAGAGAGGUGUGAGGCUAGCUGAGGCGAAGCUUGUCAGAUCUAGUGCUGCAGAAUGUGCUGCUUCAUUCCACUGCACUGCUGAGCUUCCCCAGAGCACAGGCAGGUCAGAGCACUGUGAGUUGCAACUCUUCUAUGAAGGUGCUUCAGGCCAGAGGGACACUGGGUACCAGUAGUGCUGUAAUUGGGUGUCAGGACAUUAUGGGGCAAAAGGAAUGGUGUUGAAAUGGCUUUCCUCUUGCAGGGUACUCUCUUUUCCAUAAGCCAGUAUAGGUAACGCUUCUUGCAAGAAAUUCAGAUGUGCAGGGGCUCUGCCAUGCAGUUCUGUCUGCUGCUCACUAUAGGGCUGUUACCAUGAGGCACUGGUACUAAAUGUGAUCUGUGCUCUAAAUGAUUGUUCUCUUUUGCAAGUGCUGCUCAAGCGAUGUCCUUGUAAUCCUAUUGCUCGUGGAAAAGCUUUGUAUAACUAAGAAGCAGCUGGUUUUGUUCUUUUUUCAGGAUUAAACUGAUCUGUUACAGUAGAACAAAUACUCUAGAGGCUGGAUUGGUCACUUAACAGACAUUCUGAUUACCUUCAGCAAGGGCAGAGCUAAUAGAGCUGCUGUAUCUUUUUUUAGUGUGAAGCUAAUUUAAUGCCUAACAAGAAGCACAGGCAUAAAGAAUCUCUGAGCAUCUCUGCCCCACUCCUAAUGAUAACAUGGAGAAACUCUCCAGAAACUUAGAAAGCAGAACAAAGAGUAGAGUGGGAAGCUAAUGGGAAAAUGUGUCAUGCUGCCAUGGUAUCAGAGUGUAUGUUCUCAAGACUUCUUUAAAACAGACUGUUAGUGAGUUCUUGUUGCAGCUACCGUUCUGGGACUGUGGGAAGGCGGGGAGGCAGUCAAAGGUAUGAUGUUGAUGCUUUAACAUCAUCACAAUGCUGCUUGCUGUGCUGCUCCUUUAAUUACUGAUAGAGCCACAGCCUGUAAUUUGGGAAUCGUGGGUUAUGUUCCUUGCUUUGCCAAGACUUGACUCUCUUUCCCUCAAAAUACUGAGUUGUCAUCAUUAUGUUUGAAGCUUAAGGACAUCCAAAAUUAGAGGCAUCAUUAUAGAAAUCAUCCUUUUCAGCUGAACUCUAAACCAAGAGAGAAUUGUUGCUGUCACCUGCUUUCCUGUAUAAAGAUGUUACAUGAUCAGCUGAAAGGCCAUUUGAAGAGCCUCUUUCUUCUCUAUGAUUUAUUUUGUCCCCUGAAGUCAGCUGAUCUGUGACCUUCACUCUCUCUAGUCUUCUUGACCACAACACAACGAAACUUUCUGGACCCUUGUUGGUACUUCAGUGCUACAGAUUGGAAAACAAAGCCAGAAUGAACCUAAAAUCACUCUGUAUGUAGUGCUGCCAACUUGCAAUGCCACUCCUCCCCCAUCACCCAUUCUGGCUUCCUCUUUUGCUGCUUUUUAUGUCUUCCCCCCUCUUCCCUUUCCCCUCUCAGGGCAGAGCUGAGUAGUUUCCCCUUUUCUCUUUUCUCAAACCAGUUUUGCUCCUGGAAUGAUCUUUGCUCUAGCCAGAAUAUAGAGGGAUGCUGCAUCCAAGACAAGUUUUCUCAGAGACAGGACACAGAUGAGUGGUGCUAGACCAGCAGAGGAAACCAGGAGGCUGUUUUGACUGCACAGUCUCAGGCAGGACCGCAUUGCUCGCUCAUACUUCUCACUCACCACCAUGCUGGAAGAAGAUAAGGAUGAGACAUGUUGGAAUAACCUGGAGAACUUCCGAGUGAAGCUGAUCUCUGUGAUAGAUCCUUCCCGCAUAACACCUUAUCUUCGGCAGUGCAAAGUGAUCAGCCACGAUGAUGAGGAGCAAGUUCUUAAUGACCCCAGCCUGGUCAUGCGCAAGCGGAAGGCAGGUGUUCUUCUGGACAUUCUGCAGCGAACGGGACACAAGGGCUUUGAGGCAUUUCUGGAGAGUCUUGAGCUUUAUUAUCCACAACUGUAUAAGAAAGUAACUGGCAAGGAACCCAGCAGGGUGUUCUCUAUGAUUAUAGACACCGCUGGGGAAUCGGGCCUGAGCCAGCUCCUCAUGAACGAGAUCAUGAAGCUGCAGAGCACGGUGCAGGAGGAGCGGCGGAAGGCACAGGAGCUCACCCUCUGGCUGCACACCAAAGAGGACACCAUCAGAGAGCUGUGGGUGAGGGACAGCCUCCUCCGCAAGCACCAAGAGCUGGCACAGAAGAUGAAGGAGGAGAGGGACAGCCUGAGCAAGGAGCUGCGGAAGUGCAAGGACGAGAACUACAGCCUGGCAAUGAGCUAUGCCAGGCAGAGCGAGGAGAAGAGUGCUGCCCUCAUGAAGAGCCGGGACCUGAUCCUAGAGAUAGACCACUUGAAGCACAGCCUCAUGAAGGCUGAGGAUGACUGCAAACUGGAGCGUAAGCACACGAUGAAACUGAAGCACGCCAUAGAGCAGCGUCCAAGCCAUGAGGUGAUGUGGGAGAUCCAGCAGGAGAAGGAGUUGCUCUUGGCCAAGAAUCAGGAGCUGGAGAACACUCUCCAGGAGGUUGCCAGGGAACAGAACUUGGAGAAGAGCCUCUCCAAGGAGACUCUGGAGAAUAACUGUAGCCAGAUCCUAGAAGAACGCCGGGAGCUGUUGAACACCAUCUACAGCCUUCGCAAGGAGCUGCGGCGAGCCGAGGUGCUCCAAGACAAAUACGCAGAGGAAAAGGAGAUGCUUGAACUCCAAUGCACAUCCCUGAAGAAGGACUCCCAGAUGUACAAAAAAAGGAUUGAAGCUGUCUUGAAGCAGAUGGAGGAAGUGGCUUCAGAAAGAGACCAGGCACUCCUGACCCGAGAACAGUUCUAUGUGCAGUACUCCAAGAACCUGGUCGAGAGGGACACGUACCGCAAGCAGAUCCGGGAGCUGGGCGAGCGCUGUGAUGAAAUGCAGCUGCAGCUCUUCCAAAAAGAGACCCAGUUACUGGCGACUGAAGCCAAGCUGAAAAGGCUGCAGCUGGAGCUACCUGCACCGACCUCUGACCUGGAUGAUACCUCCUCCAGAGAUUCCCAGGAACUUACUCUUCACGGUCACCUAGAUGAAGACACACAACCAACUAAAAAAGGUUGCCCUGAAGGACAAACCCAGCAAUUUAGCACUCAAGAGAGCAGCCUGCCUCCAAAGUCACCAAGUGUAAGAGAACCUUUGUGGGCUCUUCUUUACUACAACUGGGCUCAAGGAGUGUGUUUUAGCCAAUGAGGAACUGGCAGAAAAGGAGCGGAGGAGGAUGAAGGACUGCUUUGAGCGUUACCAAAGGUCUGGACUUCACUAAGCAGGACUAACUUAGCCAUGCUCGUGUGACUUAGUGGAUCAGCUUGUUGUAUGUGUUUUUUUUCUGUCCAUCCCCUGUCCUCAAGCUUGAUACAUGGAGGUGUAAAUUCAUCACAGAUCCUGUCUUUAGAGGCUCAGGCUUUUAGCCGAACUGUUUGAGACUCGUUUUAGUACCACAGGUAGCCAAGGUAGCAGUGAUCGUGUUUGCUCCAGACCAUGCAGAUGGUUCCACAGCA